CCCAUGUGUCAAUCAACACGUCAUUUCCUACGGGUGCGAACCAUGGCCCUGCUCUGGAUGGACGUGGUUGAGGAUUUUUGACAGCCGCAGCGCCGUGGUUAAAAAAAUAAAAGAAAAACACAAGGACGCAGCGUGUGACGGACUGGAUUUUGGCCGUGCGUCUUUCUUUGGAUCUUGCGCCCAACUCUUCCCGUUUUGGUAUGGCGGUUUCUGAUGGCGGUGUUUGCGUCAAGUCUGAUGAGUGACCCCUGUGGCCCUCCGAAGCUCCGUGAUGGUCGACAUGGAGGCCCCGUACCGCCCUCCGUCCCCACUGGAGGAGCCCAUUCUUGGGGACUCGGGGCUGGGCAGUCCCCUGUGUGCUGACGAGGACUUCAUGGACGGGAUGGAGGAGCUGCAGGACAUCUCCCAGUCCAUAGACAACAACACACUGCGCUCCUUCGAUGCCCCAGAGUACCAGUCCUCCAGCAAUGGCUCUGAGGGCUCCACUGUUCUAGAUGCCCUGACACCAGCUUCUAGCCCCUCGUCAGUGUUCGGGAUGGUCUCGGGCCCGGAUGACUUUUCUACUUCCACCUCAGGACUCAAUCUGGAGUGUCGGGUAUGUGCUGACCGCGCAUCUGGGUAUCACUAUGGCGUUCACGCUUGUGAGGGCUGCAAGGGAUUCUUUCGGAGAACCAUCAGGCUGAAAUUGGAGUAUGACAAGUGUGAACGCCGUUGCAAGAUUCAAAAGAAAAACCGAAACAAGUGCCAGUACUGCCGCUUUCAGAAGUGCCUGUCUGUGGGCAUGUCCCACAAUGCGAUCCGUUUUGGUCGGAUGCCGCAGUCAGAGAAACUGAAGCUGAAGGCGGAGAUGGGGACGGGGGACAGGGAGGUGGAGAACCCUCAGGUGGCUGACCAGAAAAGCCUGGCUCGACAGAUCUACGACGCCUAUGUGAAAAACUUCAACAUGAACAAGGCCAAGGCCCGGACUAUUCUCACGGGAAAAACUAGCACUCCUCCUUUUGUAAUCCACGACAUGGAGACAUUGCAGUUGGCCGAGCAGACUUUCGUGGCUAAAAUGUUGGGCUCUGCAGAGAUGUUAAAGGACCGAGAGGCAGAGGUGAGGAUUUUCCACUGCUGCCAGUGCACCUCCGUGGAAACUGUCACCGAACUCACAGAAUUUGCAAAAUCAGUUCCUGGUUUCUCCAACUUAGACCUCAAUGACCAGGUGACUCUUUUGAAAUAUGGCGUGUAUGAGGCUAUGUUCGCCAUGUUGGCCUCAUGCAUGAACAAGGACGGCCUGCUGGUGGCCUACGGCUCUGGGUUCAUCACCAGAGAGUUCCUCAAAAGCCUGCGGAGACCCUUCAGCGACAUGAUGGAGCCCAAGUUCCAGUUUGCAAUGAAGUUCAACUCACUGGAGCUAGACGACAGUGACAUCGCUCUGUUUGUGGCGGCUAUCAUCUGCUGUGGAGACCGGCCAGGCCUGGUGAAUGUGACCCACAUUGAGCGCAUGCAGGAGAGAAUCGUGAGAGUCCUACAGCUCCACCUACUGGCCAAUCAUCCAGACGACAGCUUCCUCUUCCCCAAACUUCUGCAGAAACUGGCCGACCUGCGGCAGCUGGUCACAGAGCAUGCUCAGUUGAUACAGGAGAUCAAAAAGACUGAGGACACGUCUUUGCACCCACUUCUACAGGAGAUAUACAGAGACAUGUACUGACCAGAGUGAAGGAGCAGAGACAGAAACAUUAGGAGCAGUAGAAGAAUCCUCCUCAGGCUUGGGCUGAACCACUUGAACCCAAAAGCUUCAAGAGUGGUGUGGGAGCUAGGUCUGCUCAAUCUCUCACUCCAGAAGGCGCUGUGGCCGUAUCAAUCGUGCAGAGGCCACAUACAGCAGAACCAGCCCAGCAUCUCCAAUGUAUGCAAUGUUUAAUGACUGAGGUGAUAAUAGAGGUAUUCAUGUUUAAAAUGAUACACUGAUACUAGACCAGCCACUUACGUGAAAGUUGAUGUCAAAGAGCCAUGCUGUAGCUAAAUUAGGGUUGUCAGAAGUAUCAAAAAUCCAAUACUAAUCGAUACUAAAACUAAUAUCGAAACUAGAUACUCAUUUAAGCAAGUCUCGAUACUGAAAAAAAAAAUCACAAAACUGGAUAAAAUUUGACCUUUCCUGAACAGUUUCAUUUUGACUUUUAUCAGAACUAGUGUGAGGCCACAUGGUGUAAGAAACAAAUAUUGUUAUUUUGUGUUGAAAAUUACAAUGUUGUCUAAAAAAGAGCCUUUGAGUAUCAAAAUUGAUAUUGAGAAUUGAGUCUUUUCUUUGGCAUCAAAAUCAAGUUUGACAUUUUAGUAUCAUGACAACACUAAGCUGAAUACAACAUAUUUACAAAUUACAACACCCAAGUGACUUUAGUAACAAUAGCAACAAGUACAUAGCAACCAUAAGGCAGCUCUUUACACGUUGACGUUUAAUAACCCUCCAGCACUGUCUUGGUAUAAAGGUACAGCAUGUAACUUUUCUAAUGGAGGGUCUCCCACCUGCUUAUCUCCAUGGAGUGUUUAUUAUUUUUAAACAAAUGAUUCCACAUUAUUGCAUUAAACUAAUCAAUCUCCAUGGAGACAAGCAGAUGAUGCCAUCAGGCCAAGUUACAGGUUAGAUCUAUGGAGAUUUUUUUUUUUUUUUUUAGCACCUGUAACACCUUGAAUAAAUGCAAGAUAAAUGCUUUGAAUGCCAUGAUGUGGAACAUGAGUAAACAUAUAUGACAUCACCAGGGAGACAAGCACACAGAAACCCUCCACUAGAAAAAGUACAUGGUGCACCUUUUAAGGCAAACCCAUGUGGCAUUACCAGAUAUUUUUGUGUCUUUAAAUUAGGUUUUGUGAAAUUCUGCUACAACAUGCAUGAAGACAUAAUUGGGUUACUUUUAUGGCUCGCAAUACUGUAUUUAAAUCACAAUUUAAAGUCGCAGAUGUAUUUAAGGGAGCUUGAAACGACUGACAACUACGACUGAAAUGAGAGUCACUGUGUAAUAAGCACCACAAUGCACACUUAAAGCACUAACAGCCUGUGACCUGAAGAACUUUGGUAAUGCCUUUUUCACCAAACCUUUGCACAGAUUUUGGCACUCCAUCAGUUCAGUGUCCUGGUAUCUAAGGGCUACGAGAUACAGUGCAGCUGCUGACAGCCAAUGCAUCUUCUGUCCUUUUUCGUUCAUUCUCCUCAUCUGUUUUGGCAAGAUUUACUUAAACUAUUUUUCUUGUUAAAACGUAUGUUCCUAAGUGCAGUAUCUAAGUACAUAUAAAAGUAUAAUAUGAGAUUACACUUCUUACAGUUGAUGAUAAAUAAGAUAUCUGGUUAUAAUAUUGUUCUACAUUAAAAGGUAUUUUACAUGCUUGUUCAUACUGUCUAAACUAUUGACCUACUUAUUUGAUCACGACAAAAAGUUUUAAAAAUGCAUGGCUGGAUCAUUUACUCAAAACUGCAUGAAAA